CCCUACAGUUGUCCGUGGGUGUGGGAGGUGGUCCCCAUUCUCCUCCCCCCAAAGGACCCCCACCCGCCGAUAUUCCCGGGUUUAUGGGGGGGUCCCCAAAUUUGCCCGUGGAUGUGGGUGCUACUUCCCACUCCAGGGUGCUCCUCACCCUCUACUUCUCACAGUACCCCCACCCACCGGCAUCCCUGGGACUAUGGAAGGUCCCCUGAGUGGGGUGGGUCCCCCAAAUUUGGGGUGGGGGGUCCUUUAAUUUGUCCAUGGGUACGGGGGGCUUCACCCCACCUCUUUUCCUUACAGGACUCCCCCCAUUCCCAUCAUGCUGUUCCAGAGCUCCUGGGCUGUGCUGCUCCUCUGCACCACUGCUGGGUUUUUGGGGUGGCUGGGCCUUGCUGCCCCCCCCGAGAAGGAGGAUCUGUGGGAGACCUGGAUGAGGUCAGCGCUGGAUGAGACCCCCGUGGUCCAGCUCAUGGAGGACAUCACCCACUGGAUGGGGAAUGUGAGCAGCUGUGGGGCUGCAGAGCUCCGGGAAGGACACCAGGUUGUCCCAUUCAACCUCUAUCAGGAGCAGGAAAGAACUCAGGAUGUUCAUCCCCAACUAGAGAGCAACCUGGUCCUUCAGGAGGUGAUGGAGAAGCUGCGGAGGGUCAACCAGAGCCUGGAGCUGAUGCUGAUGGUCUUGGAAGAUGCACGAAGCCGGCUGGAAAAGCACCUGGAGCACCUCAAAGCCAUCCCUGACCCAGAUGGUCAGAGCCAAAGUGCCACCUCCUCCUGCAUCCCACAAAGCUCAUACUUCGUGCUCCUGGUUCUCCUACUGGUGCCGGCGCCGCUCCGAACCAUCCUCCUCUUCCUCCUCUUCCUAGCUUCCAGCACUCUCGGCAUCCCGGCAAUCUCCACCCUCCUGGUCCUUGCUGUGGCAGGGCAUUGGCUGGUGGCAUCCGCCUGCCAUGGUGCCAGAAGGAUCCGGCUGGUGGUUCCCCAGGAAGAGCCCCAGUACCAGCUCACCUCCACCCCGGAGAGGGAAUGUGAUAUGGAGCUGCUGCAGGAGGAGCUGGACAAGAUGGAGAUGAGCUGCGUGCGAGAGCCCUCGUUCCUGGAGCAGCCCCAAGAGGUGGCCGGGAACAUUCCUGGAUUUGCAGGGCGGGUGUCACCUGUCCCCGGUGGCCGGAGGACAACGCUGAGCUUGUGUGGGGUGACACCAGAGCUGGUCAUGGAUGUUGGGAAGUGCUGGGAGCCCAAACCCUGCAGCCCGAGGGCCAACAUGUCCCCAUGCCAGGGACUCACCAGGGCCGGGCAGCGGUGCCGGAAGAAAGCCAUUCCCGGGCAGGAAUUCUGCCACAUCCACACCACCAGCAGUAGCUUGGCCAUGGAUUCAUCUCCCCAUUUUUGACCCUCUACCCCCUCCCUGAGGGGUUUUAACCCUUUUUAUGACCCUUCCAGAUCCUGGUGGAGAACAUGGACCCUAAGGAUGCCACUGGCUGUACGUACAGGGCGGAUGUUCAUUGUCCCACCCAUUUUAUGCUAUUUGCAUAUAUUUUAAUAAAUGCCACAUUUACAGCUGGAGUCUUUCCCA